AGCGGCGCGGCCCUGACCCUGGAGACAAGGCGCGGUUCGGGCUCAGAUAUCUCGAUGCGCACACGACCAGGACAACUUCGCUUUGCUGCAAACAGUCUGCUGGUUUCUGAUUAUUACACGAGAGCUCAAGAGAAUAACGAUGACGGGCCCGCUUAUACUUGCAGACCACGUAAUCCCGCUGGCUGACCUCGACGCGCAGACACGGGCGACGAAAGAGGUCUUGCGCGUCGUCUUCCCGGCGUGGGAUAUCGACAAUAUCAAGGUCACCUCCUUGACUGGUGGAAUCACCAACUGCCUCCUCAAAUGCAUCUACAAAGCCGGGUCGCCCGCCGAGAAGAUAGUCCUCGUCAGAGCCUACGGCCGAGGAACCGGCUCCAUCAUCGACAGAAACAGGGAAUUCUGCACGCACGUCCAUCUCCACUCACAAGGCCUGGCACCGCCCCUCUACGCCCGCUUCAAAAACGGCCUCGUCUACGGCUUCAUCCCCGGCCGCGCGGUCGACUACCAGGAACUCAGUCACCCGCUCAUCAUGAAAGGCGUUGCCCGAAUGCUCGCGCGCUGGCACACCGUUCUCAGCGCGGCCUCGAUCAAGUCGCUUAUGGCCGAACAACCCCCCUCCUCCUCCUCCUCCUCCUCCUCCUCCUCCUCAUCCUCCAACAGUCACAAAGAACAGCAGUCAGAGGCAGUCGACGAUAUAUGGCAGCUCUGCAGCAAAUGGAUAAAUAACCUCCCGACCGACACACCCGAGCAGAUCUCCCGCCGUGAACUACUCCUCAAAGAACUCACAUGGGCCAAAUCCGAGAUCGAGCACAAAGGCGGCACGACCGUCGUCGCCCACUGCGACCUCCUCAGCGGCAACGUCAUCGUCCCUAAAGACUGGCGACCACCACCACCACCACCCUCCUCCUCCUCUACAGACACUGACGCCGCCUCGCCACCUAUCACAUUUAUAGACUACGAAUACGCACUGCCCACCCCGCGCGCGUUCGACCUCGCAAAUCACUUUAUGGAAUGGCAAGGGUUUGACUGCGAUGUGUCGCGCAUUCCUAAAGUCGGCAGUCCUAUCAUGCGCAAGUGGGUCGCUGAAUAUCUCGCCGGCACAUAUACAUACUCAUCCUCCUCCCCCUCUUCCUCUUCAAACGGACACAGCAAACAGUCAAGUACAACUACCAUCGACGCUGCAGAAAUAUCCGAAAAAGCCAUCGAUGGCGCGAUAUCCGAAGUCGACGCCUGGUGGGGCAUGCCCGGCUUCUACUGGGGCAUCUGGGCAACGAUCCAAGCAGUGAUCUCCACAAUCGACUUUGACUACUCCAAAUACGCCGAGCAGCGCUUGUCGGAGUACUGGUCCUGGAAGGAGAACUAUCUUGCUAAACAAAAACAGCGCGCGUCAAAUCUCUAAAUAGAUAUUUUAUUCACCUCGUCAUCUAUAAAAACCUUCCUCAUCAGUCCUUUACAGCAUCGGUUGUUGUACAUUUGUAUAGUUUUCUUUCUAAAAUUGCUAGAAGCAUGUGCGUUGGUGUGAAUCUAGGUGUUGGUCAAUACAUUUUCGACUUUUUUAAGAGCCCUGCAGGAAUUAUUGCAUAUCCUGAUCCCUUUGAUAUUUCAUAAUUGUAUAUAGUCGUUGGACGAUUAUUAUAAGUAAGGGCGAGUAAGAUAGUCAGUAGUGAGGAUUGAAUUGUUAUGCACAAUAGAUCGCGAACUCUUGUGUCGUCGACUUACACAAUCGUCUGUGAUCUUUCGAUCUUGACAUCUGAACCAGUUUUGGAAAUAUAAUAAGAG